AUGGCCAUACCGAAGAGUGUGAUGGCCAGUGGCUACAUUAGGAGGAUGUUCAGAGCAGGAACGAAUGAGUCGAGAGAGCUCAUCAAACAAAUUGAAUGGACGAAGUAUCUUUGUGGCGUUAGAGGAGUGAGAUGGCAUCCGAGUGGGUCUUGGAGAGUUCAGUUCAAGAGGCGGUGCUAUGAGCACAACUACUUCGUCAAUUGCAGCUGCUAUUUCAGAGUCGGUCAGUGGGGGUUCGACAGAGCUAAGGAGAUGGCCAUAGGAUACCGUCGGCGACUUGAAUACGAGUGGGCGGAGGUACAGGAGGCAUGGAAGGUGAUCGAUCAUGAGAGGGAAACUGCUCGGUUGAAGAAGCGAGAGGCGCGGCGUGUGGCGGAGUUGGAGGCUCAGGAGCUGAUGGACCACGACGGUGAUGCUGAUGGGCUCCUUAUUGGUGGUGAGGAGUGA